UGUAUUCCGACAGGCUCGACUGCAGAACGGAAAGUCGGUCUGUGCAGAGCGAGUGCCUCCUGAGAGCGAACUGCCUGUGUCGUAUCAUGUAAACCUCAUGGACAUUUGUCCACCGCGUCGUCUCGUGUGCACUGGAGGCUCGCGGGCCGGGGACAAGCGCGGACGCCGACGUGUCUGCCCGCCGACGGCACCGGGCAUGAAACGCUCGUGUUUUUAUUCUUCUUGAGUCUUAAUUCUCGCAGCUACACGCCCGCGCAUCACCGUUCAAACUUUCACGAUGAGGAUCUUCGUGUGCCUCCUGAAGAACGCCAACCCCAAGAUCGAGUACUACUCCCGGUUCUCCCCGUCCCCGCUCUCCAUCAAGCAGUUCCUGGAUUUCGGCACGAACAAUGCGUGUGAGAAAACGUCCUACAUGUUCCUGCGUAAGGAGCUGCCCGUGCGGCUUGCCAACACCAUGAGAGAGGUCAACCUGCUGCCUGACAACCUGCUCGGCCAGCCCUCCGUCCGGCUGGUUCAGAAGUGGUACAUGCAGAGUUUUGUGGAGCUGCUGGAUUACGAGAACCGGAAGCCAGAGGAUCCCGAGGCUCUGAACGAUUUCCUGGAGCUCUUGAUCGAGAUCCGCAACCGUCACAAUGAUGUGGUGCCCACCAUGGCCCAGGGAGUUAUCGAGUACAAGGAGCGGUUCGGCUUCGACCCCUUCAUCAGCAGCAACAUCCAGUAUUUCCUCGACCGCUUUUACACCAACCGCAUCUCGUUCCGCAUGCUCAUCAACCAGCACACUCUGCUCUUUGGUAAUGACACCAACCCUGCACAUCCAAAACACAUAGGCAGCAUCGAUCCUAACUGCAGCGUGGCUGAAGUUGUCAGGGAUGCCUACGACACGGCCAAAAUGCUGUGCGAGAAGUACUACUUGGCUGCUCCCGAACUCAAGAUCGAAGAGUUCAACAUGAAGGCCCCUAAAAAGCCCAUCCAGGUGGUGUAUGUUCCCUCUCAUCUGUUCCACAUGCUGUUUGAACUCUUCAAGAACUCGAUGAGAGCCACCGUGGAGCUCCACGAGCACACCAAAGAGGGAUUACCACCAGUCAAGGCCAAAGUCACUCUGGGUAAAGAGGAUCUCUCCGUAAAGAUCAGUGACAGUGGAGGAGGAGUUCCUCUGAGGAAGAUAGACCGUCUGUUCAACUACAUGUACUCCACUGCCCCUACUCCAAGCAUGGAGCCAGGAGCUGUCCCCCUGGCUGGUUUUGGCUACGGUUUACCAAUUUCUAGGCUCUACGCCCGAUACUUCCAGGGGGACCUGAAACUCUACUCCAUGGAGGGCGUUGGCACGGAUGCUGUCAUCUAUCUCAAGGCCCUGUCCAGUGAGUCCUUUGAGCGCCUGCCCGUCUUCAACAAGUCCGCAUGGCGGCAUUACAAGACCAGCCCCGAGGCAGACGACUGGAGUAACCCCAGCAGAGAGCCACGCGAUGCCACUCCGUCUGGUGUGAAAAGAAAGGAGUUUUAAUGAAGACUUGUGAAAGACGAUUCACUAUGGAGAUUUUUCCUCAUUCCGUUGCCUCUUUUAUGCAACACUGUAAGAUUUCAUCACUGCCAAAGCCUUUGUGACCUGCCAGUCUCACUGAGUGAUGCUCAGUGACACUUCUGCUAUAAAGGGAGUGUUGCGGGAUAGGCUAGAGACGAUGGCCCCCACUCAAUCCAUAAUGCAUACCACCUUCAGACGUUGUCAACCUUAAAAAAAAAAAAAAGACUGUGUCUGUACCUAUUUUAUUUUAGAAAAUAUUGUAUUUAUAACUGCAAAUAAUGCGUACACUGAAUAUGUGUCCGGUUUGGAGUGAUCGCUCUGUUUUUCCAUCCUCCUGCUGUACCUCCAGCUUCAAACAAUGUACACGUAUAUGCAUGAGCUCCUCAAUGUGGAGGCAGUCAUGCAAAGAUAUGCAAAUAUUGUAAACACCAACUCGCACCAAACGGGUGACGGAGCAGUCUGACCGUGUGAUUCAGCAUGAAAACCCUCUUACGAAGCCUGUUGUCAAGCUUGACAAUAAAGAAAAUCGCUGUUG